UUGCACUUUUUUGAGGGACAGUUUGGGGAUAGUCAUUAAACAUUUCGAGGGCUGCAACGGUGGGUGCCAGGGGCGACCGGUCAAAGAGCAAGUUCCAUUGGUCCAAGAUAACUCUCGGAAUAGGAAGGUUCGAAGGGCUUAGUCCCUGAAUUCCGGGCUACGUCACCCCAUUUUUGGAGUCAGAAAAGUUAGUGCGACGGAGCUUCAACACGGCCAAACCCUAUUAGGAAGUGUGCCUUCGGUCUCAUUCUUCGAAUUCUCUGAUUUUUUUUUGAUGCGAUGAAUGCUGAAGUAUGGCGUUGAGGCGUCCUCUAGGUGCGUCAAGCGGGGAGGUGAUGCGUGAAGAUGCCAUUCCCUGCGAACGCAUUACGCGCAUCUUUGCGACUGUGGCAGGGAUAGGUGGCGUGUUCCUUGCAUGGCCUCUUUGCCACAUUCAUUACGGUCCUCGAGUCACUUGGCCAAGAGUGUAUAGGUGGCAAGUCUGUGGAGCUGUGGGUUGUGCCGUGUUCAUGGGCACGUUUGCUCGGCUGUGGGAACCUGCCUGCGAGCCGCAGAAUAUAGCAGCAUACGAAAGUCAGGCUUCGUAGUGAUUAUCGUCCUUCAACAUCGUGACGUGUUGAGAGGAUCUCUUUCUAUCACAUUUUCCUUCAAUCCUUAGUCCUUUGCUUGAAACACUGCUAUCCUGAAAUCUUCUCCAUCGUGUUAUUGUCGUUUGUGUUUGUGUUUGUGUUUUUUUUUUUUCAGCGACGUCAGGAACCGUUGGUUUAGGUUGUUCCGUUUAUAUUUCUUCACGUUAUACAAGCUAGCGUUUCUCAUAAGUUAUGACUUAGAUCCUGCUUGCGCAUUAGAAGCAAGGGUAUCAAGUUCCUGGAAAGACUUCCAUCAGAAUUAAAUAUGACGGGGAGUUCGGAAGACGAUUCUUUCUUCAACAUACCACCAAAUCCUUCAGUGCCUUUGGGGGACAAUCUCCCGGUUCUGACACGGUCCGACUCAAGCAUUGGAAAUUGGAGUCCAUAUCUACGUGACUUGCAUAUCCUCAGCUUCAGUUUUCUCUUCACGUUUCUGGCGUACAGUGCUUUACAGAAUUUGGAGAGCAGCAUCCACGAGGAUGAUGGACUAGGAUCAACUUCGGUUGGAGUACUGUACCUGUCUUUGACCUUCUCAUCUCUUGGGGCUCCGCUCUUUGUAGUAUGGUUGGGGACUAAGCGUGCGUUGUUGGUCGGACUGUCUGGCUACUGGGUCUUCACUGCAGCGAAUCUUUACCCCACAUGGACUACCAUGAUUCCCGCUUCCUUGUUCUUAGGGUUCACAGCGUCUAUUCUUUGGUGUGCUGAGGGCACGUACUUGACGUGUGCAGCAAAGAGGCAUGCAAUAUCUUGUAACAUUUCAGAAGAGACAGCGAUUGGAACAUUCAAUGGCGAAUUCUGGAGCCUUUUUGCAUCAAAUCAGGUGGUGGGCAACCUCGUCUCACUUGGUUUGCUGUAUUAUGGGAAGGGCUCUUCCGGAUCAGGAGAUUCCUCAUCUGGGACUACAUUGCUUGUCAUCGUCUUCCUAGGAAGUAUGGCAGUAGGAACUACUCUUGCAUUCUUCCUAACACCACAGUAUUCAAGCUACUCUACUAUUUCAGAGGACAGCCUGCCAUUAACACCAGCAGGAAAUAGGGAUCUUGCUAAGAGGAUGUUCGCUUUGUUACAUGAGAAGAAGAUGGUGAUGCUCAUCGGGAUUCUAAUAUAUACAGGCUUGCAACAAGCGUUCAUUUGGGGAGAUUUCACUAAAGACAUCAUCACCCCUGCAUUUGGUGUGGCAUGGGUGGGAGGUGUCAUGGCCAUUUAUGGUGCAUCUGAUGCUAUUAGUUCUGUUGUUGCAGGUAGAUUCUCAACAGGGGUACCAGCAAUUGCUGCUAUUACUUGUGUGGGGGCAAUUGCUCAGGGCUUCGCUUUAACGCUACUCUGUUUUAAACAGCAGUUCGGGGGAGGAGGCAUUGACCUUUUACUUCUGAGUGGCUUAGCCAUAGCUUGGGGUGUAGGUGAUGCUACAUUCAAUACUCAAAUUAGUGCCCUGCUGGGAAUCUUCUAUCCUGACGACACUGAAGCAGCCUUCGCACAAUGGAAGAUAUGGCAAAGUGCUGCAACGUCUGCUGCCUUCUUUGCUAGCCCACGUACCGACUUCUUCAUUAAACUAUAUGUAUUACUGGCUGUACUCGUUCUGUCUAUGGUUGCUCUCCUCUUUGUCAUCAUGCGGCAGAAUGGAUCGGGUGCCCGAAGGUAACGAUCUCUUAAUAUCUAUGUAAUGUGGAUGGUUGAAUGAACUAUAGUUCCACUAAUACAGUUAUGACUGUGGGCCCUUAUGGGAGGAGCCUGUUCGCUCCCACCUCCAUCCUAGUAGAAGAUUUGUGUAACAGAACUACGUUGUGAUCACAAAGAACUUCGUCAGGAAAAAAGAAUCCUUAUUCUAGUCAUGUUCCUAGUCACUGCUCUCCAAAGUUGGAGGCAGUAGCUGCCUGGAAUGGAUAGGUGCGAAGCAUAAUCUGUAAUACCGCAUGUGAAGCCCAUGGCUCACUUUUUCUGGUACACGGAUUCUCCUUGUUUGGUGUUUUCAAGCACGUGUUACGGCCUUCGCGUCUUCAAACGAUAUGUUACACAGAAACUGGUGUCUUAUGUUUGUUAAAAUUUA